GCCAUGGCCGGGGGCCCGGGCCCGGGGGAGCCCGCGGUCCCCGGCGCCCAGCACUUUUUGUAUGAGGUGCCUUCCUGGGUCAUGUGCCGCUUCUACAAAGUGAUGGACGCCCUGGAGCCCGCCGACUGGUGCCAAUUCGCGGCCCUGAUCGUGCGCGACCAGACCGAGCUGCGGCUGUGCGAGCGGUCCGCGCAGCGCACGGCCAGCGUGCUGUGGCCGUGGAUCAACCGCAAUGCCCGCGUGGCUGACCUCGUGCACAUUCUCACGCACCUGCAGCUGCUCCGCGCGCGAGACAUCAUCACAGCCUGGCACCCUCCCCCCCCUCUCCCGCCCCCCAGCACCGCUGCUCGGAGCCCCAGCAGCAUCUCCGAAUCACCUGAGGCCAAGGACUGGAGCCCCCAGAAGUUGCAGUCCUCAGCGUCCACCCUGGCCUCCCCCGCUGUUGCAGGUUCCCACACCCAUCUGGAAGCUGAACUUCGCUCCAUCCCAAGCCUCACGUCCCUCCGUCCAGCGUUGCCAUCCGCGGCGCCUUCCUCUACCAAGCCACGCCCAGAGAGCCCAGUGUCCCUCCUGCACGGGCCACACCCCCCUCCGUUCUGCUGGCCCCUCUGUGAGAUCUCCCAGGGCACCCGGAAUUUUUCCAAGGAGCUCCAGAUCGGGGAGGGCGGCUUUGGGUGCGUGUACCGGGCGGUGAUGAGGAAGACUGUCUACGCGGUGAAGAGGCUGAAGGAGGACGCCGACCUCGAGUGGAGCGCAGUGAGACAGAGCUUCCUGACCGAGGUGGAACAGCUGUCUAGGUUCCGGCACCCGAACAUCGUGGACUUCGCUGGCUACUGUGCUGAGAGCGGCUUCUACUGCCUCGUCUAUGGCUUCCUGCCCAACGGCUCCCUGGAAGACUGUCUCCACUUCCAGACCCAGGGCUGCAGCCCUCUCUCCUGGCCUCAGCGACUGGACGUCCUCCUGGGUACGGCCCGGGCCGUUCAGUUUCUGCAUCAGCACAGCCCCAGCCUCAUCCACGGAGACAUCAAGAGUUCCAACGUCCUCCUGGAUGAGAGACUGACGCCGAAACUCGGAGACUUCGGCCUGGCCCGUUUCAGCCGCUUUGCGGGGGCCAGCCCUGGCCAGAGCAGCACUGUGGCCCGGACACGGACCGUGCGGGGCACACUGGCCUACCUGCCCGAGGAGUACAUCAAGACGGGGAGGCUGGCGGUGGACACCGAUACCUUCAGCUUUGGGGUGGUAGUGCUGGAGACCAUGGCUGGCCAGAGGGCUAUGAGGACGUAUGGUGCCAGGACCAAGUAUUUGAAGGACCUGGUUGAGGAGGAAGCCGAGGAGCUCGGGGUGGCCCUCAAAAGCGCCCAGAGCACUGUCCAAGUGGGCGUGGCUGCUGACGCCUGGGCUGCCCCGAUCGCCACCCGGAUCUACCAGAAACACCUGGAUCCCAGGCCUGGGCCGUGUCGGCCAGAGCUGGGCCUGGCCCUGGGCCGACUGGCUUGCUGCUGCCUGCACCGCCGUGCUAAGAAGAGACCCCCCAUGACCCAGGUGUACGAGACGCUGGAGAAGCUGCAGGCGGCGACGGCAGAGGCACCCGCAGAGCCAGAGGCCGCCGGCCGCAGCCCUCCUUCCCCGCAGGAGAACUCCUACAUGUCCACCGGAAGUGCCCAGAUCCGGGCCACCCCCUGGCAGCCCCCUGCGCAGAGCGCAGAGCGGCUCCAGAGAGGCGCCAACCAGCCCGUGGAGAGUGACGAGAGCGUCUGUGGCCUCUCUGCUGCCCUGCACUCCUGGCACUUGGCCCCAAGCAGCUGUACGCAGGGGGGCACCGCUGGCCAGUCAAGCUGGGGGAGUAGCCCCAGCCUCCAGCCCACAGCAGUGGAAGGAUCGCCCCUGGGCAGCUCCACGUCGUCGUCGACGUCGUCAGAACCCCCGCAGAUUAUCAUCAACCCCGCCCGCCAGAAGAUGGUGCACAAGCUGGCGCUGUACGAGGACGGGGUGCUGGACAGCCUGCAGCUCUUGUCGUCCAGCUCUGUCCCAGGCCUGGGCCUGGAGCGCGAGGACAGGCAGGGGCCCGAAGAGAGCGACGAAUUUCAGAGCUGAUCGCUCACCUGGGCAGAUCUCCUCAAGCCCGGAAGGCAAAGUUCUCAUGGUUGCAAGUUCUCAUGGCGCGCACGGGCCGUGCGGUGGGGAGACAAGGCGACGUCCCCCGCUUUCUACGGGUGCGGCACAGGCCGGGCUAGAGGCCGGGAGAGGGCAGGACGCGCCCCAGGCUGCGGGCAGCGUUUCGGGCCGAGGAGAGUGGGCCCUGGCUCCCCUGAGUGCCGGCAGCCCAGGCCUAGACGCAGCCCUUAGACCGGCCCCGAGGGGAAGCGGCCAUUCCGCACGCGAUUCCGAGAAGGGAAGCCCGCCAGCGCGGCCGCCCCUGGGCACUACACGUGGGCACUACACGUGGGCUCCACGCCGAAGGCGACGUCCACCAGGCAGGAGGUGGCCUGCGGGAGCAGGGCGGACACAGAAGGGACACGUUUGCCGUGAAGAAAUGUGAGGCGAAGCUUUAGGCGCACGUCAGGCUCUGUGUCAGCAGAUGUCCUCUUGAGAGCCUUCGAAAGCGGCCAGGCCUUGGUCGUGCAGGCCAAGGCCUCCUGCGGUAAUAAAAGCGAACAUGUUGGUUUCCGG